AUGGCACCAUUGUCGAUUCCUUCCUCCCAGACGAUUUCCCCACCCAUCUUUUACUGGGGCACACCGGUAGUGUUGAUCACAACGGAGAACGAAGAUGGAACAUCCAAUAUCGCGCCCAUGUCAUCAGCAUGGUGGCUGGGCAAUCGAUGCAUGCUAGGCUUAGGGGCCAUAUCGCAAACCACGAUCAACCUGAUUCGAACCAAACAAUGCGUCCUAAACCUGGCCUCGGAUGACAUGGCCGCAGCUGUCAAUGCUCUAGCAAGAACAACGGGGUCGAAGGAGGUUACGACUGCGGCUGAGGGCACAGGAUACCUGUACUUCAAACGCAUGAACGGUUACAAGUAUGUGUCGGAUAAAUUUGGACAUUCGGGCCUAACGCCUGCGGCUUCCGAUUUGGUUCGACCGCCCCGGAUUGCUGAGUGCCCAGCUCAGAUGGAGGCCGAAUUGAAGGGGGUAUAUGAAAUGAUGCAAGACGCGGAGAUGAAAGGAUGUAUCGCCCUGGAGGUCCAGGUGACGCGAACCCACGUCCAUGAAAAUAUUCGCAUGGCAGGGUAUGCCAACCGGAUUGACCCCGACAAAUGGCAUCCCUUGAUUAUGAGUUUUCAGGAGCUAUACGGACUCUCUCGUAAGAAAGCUUCGGCGUCGGUUCUCGCUAAAAUUAACGAAGAGGGAUACCGGCCAUUCGCGAACCCUGUCGAUGAGGAGGUAUCAACGGAAGAGGACGUAUAA